ACCUUUUGCUCUGCUUUUAAAAUCGUCGAUUACAUCUCUCAGCUAAAGGUGAACAUAAUCUGCCUUCAAAUUACAAUAUUUUCUCUGCUUUAAUUCGACCUGCCAAAAAAGAGCAUGGCAGAUGUAGCUGUGAAUUUCCUAUUGGAGAACUUGAUGCAGUUGUUGCGAGACAAUGCAGAACUUAUUCUUGGAGUAAAAGGCGAGGCUGAGAAUUUACUUCAAGAUCUGAGUGACUUUAAUGCUUUCUUGACACAAGCUGCAAAGCGCAGAACCGAGAAUGAAGUUCUGAGAGGAUUGGUGAAGCGUAUAAGAAAGGUAGUGAACAUAGCUGAAGAUGCCAUUGAUAAAUUUGUGAUUGCAGAAAAGCUUCACAAGGACAAAGGAAUAGCAAGAUAUAUGGACUUGGUUCAUUAUAAAAGAGUCCAGGAUGCAGCAGAAGAGAUCAGAGGUAUCAGGGAAACGGUGAAAGAAAUCAGGCGGAAUAAUAGUUAUGGUCUUCAGGCUCUUCAAGAUGAAGAUCCAGCCCCCGGAGUUGGGGAAGAGAGAAAGCUUCCUGUGGUUGAGGAAGAUGACGUUGUUGGCUUUGACGAGGAGGCCAAGAAGGUAAUUGAUCGUCUUCUUGAAGGAUCAGACAAUUUAAAGGUUGUUCCAAUCGUUGGUAUGCCAGGUCUUGGAAAGACGACACUGGCAAAUAAGAUAUUCAAGGAUGCUACAGUUGAGUUUGAGUUCUUCACUCGCAUUUGGGUUUAUGUUUCACAGUCAUACAAGAGAAGGGACUUAUUUCUCAACAUUAUUAGUAAAUUCAGGCGAAAUACUACACAAUAUUCUCAUAUGUCUGAGGAUGAUUUGGCUCAAGUAAUACGCGAUUAUUUGGGAAGGGGGGGAAAAUAUCUAAUUGUUUUGGAUGAUGUAUGGUCUGGAGAAGCUUGGGAUCGUCUCAAAAUUGCUUUCCCCAACAACAACAAGUGUAAUAGAGUGUUGUUGACCACUCGAGAUAACAUAGUAGCUAAGCAUUACAAUGAUGAUCCUCAUAAGUUGAAAUUUUUAACUGAUAGUGAAGGUUGGGAGUUGCUGGAAAAGAAGGUAUUCCACAAGGAUAAAUGCCCUUCUGAGUUGGAACAACACGGACUAAGUAUAGCCAAAAAAUGUAAGGGAUUACCACUUGCAAUUGUGGUGAUUGCAGGGGCGUUAAUCGGUAAGGGUAAGACAACAAGAGAAUGGGAACAAGUAGAUCAAAGUGUUGGCGAGCACCUCAUAAAUAAAGACCCAGAGAAUUGUAAAAAGCUGGUGCAAAUGAGUUAUGAUCGCUUGCCUUAUGACUUGAAGGCGUGCUUCUUGUAUUGUGGUGCAUUUCCUAAAGGUUUUGAGAUCCCUGCUUGGAAGCUGAUCCGUUUAUGGAUCGCGGAAGGUUUCAUUCAGUACAAUGGACGCUUAACUCUUGAAUGUAAGGCAGAGGAUUACUUGAAUGAUCUUGUCAACAGAAACUUGGUGAUGGUAAUGCAGAGAACUUCUGAUGGCCAAAUUAAAACAUGCCGUAUUCAUGAUAUGUUGCACGAAUUUUGCAGGCAUGAGGCGACAAUGGAGGAAAACCUUUUCCAAGAAGUAAGUCUUGAUAUUAGGCAGUCUGCUCUUGGACAACAAGAACUAGCAACAUACCGUCGCUUGUGCGUUCAUUCCUCUGUAUUAAAAUUCAUCUCUACGAAACCUUUUGGUGAACAUGUAAGGUCAUUCUUGAGCUUUCCAUCAAAAAAAUUGGAGAUGCCUGCUAGAGAUAUUCCAAAUAUCCCGAAAGCUUUUCCUCUACUAAGGGUGUUGGAUGUAGAAUCCCUCACAUUUAAUCGCUUUACCAAGGAGUUUUUCCAGCUAUAUCAUUUGAGAUAUAUAGCAUUCUCAAGCGACUCCCUCAAGAUCAUUCCUAGACAAAUUGGAGGCUUUUGGAACAUGCAGACUCUUAUUGUUGACACACAACAGAGGACUCUUGACAUUGAAGCAGACAUAUUGAACAUGCCACGACUGAGGCAUCUUCACACUAAUGCUUCUGCUAUAUUACGUGCCCCAAAAAGUAGUAAAGCUGCCCUGGUAAACCAAGCCUUACAAACACUUUCGACAAUUGCACCUGAAAGUUGCACGGAAGAUGUGUUUGUGAGGGCUCCAAAUAUGAAGAAGUUGGGCAUUCGUGGCAAAAUAGGUAUGCUUCUUGAGUCAAACGAGUCUGCACUAUUCAACAAUGUUAAGAAGCUAGAGUGCCUUGAAAGUUUAAAGUUGAUUAAUGAUGUUGGUCAAGUAGGCCGGACACCACUAAGCCUUCCUCCAGCAUACAUAUUUCCAAGGAAGUUGCGGAAGCUUACGUUAAUAGAUACAUGGUUGGACUGGGAUCAUGAUAUGUCUAUACUUGGACAAUUGCAGUACCUUGAAGUUCUAAAACUGAAAGAAAAUGCAUUUAAGGGAGAGUACUGGGAGCCAAAAGUUGGUGGUUUUUGUUCCCUCCAGGUCCUGUGGAUUCAGAGAACAGAUUUAGCUGCUUGGCAUGCUUCAGCUGAUAACUUUCCUAGACUGAAGCGUCUGGUUCUUGUAUCUUGUGAAAAGCUUACCGAAAUUCCCCUUGGCCUGGCGGAUGUACGCAGCCUCCAAGUGAUGGAACUGAACGUCACCACCAUAUUAGCAGCAAAAUGUGCACGUGAUAUCCAAACCAAGAAACUCAAGCAAGCUAAUUUGGAAGGUAAUGGUAUUAAAAGCAGCGGAUUCAAGCUAUCUAUAUAUCCUCCUGAUCUCUGAUUGCAACUGCAUACAGCUUCCUUAAUAACGUGUAGGUUUUCAUGAGUGAACUAUAUUCUCCUUGAGUCUCAUACAGCUUCAUUGAUGGUAUGCUAUGUAGUCUGAUCUGCUUUCCGCUGUCCUGUUUUUCGGACCUUUAUGUCGUGCGCUUUGAUUUCGUUAUGCAUGGGAUGUAAUUCAGAAUGGACAAAGUUUAACUUUGUUGGUUACUUUUGCCAUCUGAUUAAUGUAAUUUUAAUCUCUACUAGUACUAAAAUUUGACAUAGCAUGGGGUAUUUAAUUUGCCUACCAAAUUGUGGUGGUGUUUCACUGUUUCUGUAAUAAUUACUCUCUCCAUUUCAAUUUAGAUGAGAUAGUUUGACUCGGCA